CCAAAACUUGAGAUCCAAGCAAUCUAUUAUUGUAUUUCAGGUAUAGUGUAAAACCAAUUUUUAAUUCUCCUUUUUCCUUCUCAAUUUCAAUUUCUUGCAAGAGUUACAGAAAAGACAUGUGAAGAAGGAUAUCAGUAAUAAUUCAAUCAUCAUAGAAAAGGUUUUUGGAGAAGAAGUAAUACUGGAAGUAACCACAGAGAAAGGUAAGAGGAAGCGGAUAAAAGAGAUGACAUGGUUUAAUGGCUGUAAGGAUGAACGAGCUAUCGAAACAAGCUCAAUAUCUGAAAGUACAACUACUACCGCACCGCCGCCCGAAGCAGUACUAGUAGCUGUAAGCGAAGAGAAAUCUGAAAAGAGAGAUCAAGGGAAAACUUGCCCAUCAUGCGGUUAUCAGAUGCAAUACCAAGAACAGGCGGGAAUUAAUGAUUUGCCGGGGUUACCAGCUGGUGUUAAGUUUGAUCCAACAGACCAAGAGAUUUUGGAGCAUUUGGAAGGGAAAGUGCGAACUGAUAUUCAUAAGCUUCACCCUCGCAUCGAUGAAUUCAUUCCUACACUUGAAGGAGAGAAUGGAAUUUGCUAUACUCAUCCUGAGAAGCUGCCAGGGGUGCGCAAAGACGGGCUAAUACGUCAUUUUUUUCACCGGCCAUCCAAGGCUUACACAACAGGUACUAGGAAACGGAGGAAGGUUCACACAGAUGAAGAUGGAAGCGAGACUCGAUGGCAUAAAACUGGCAAAACUAGAGCAGUUUUAGGUGCUGGGAAGGUGUUAGGGUACAAGAAAAUACUUGUGCUAUACACAAAUUAUGGCAAACUGAAGAAACCUGAGAAGACAAACUGGGUUAUGCACCAAUACCAUCUUGGCAAUAAUGAAGAAGAAAAAGAUGGAGAAUUGGUCGUAUCAAAAGUGUUUUAUCAAACACAGCCAAGACAGUCUAAUAAUUCAUCGACCGAGCUCAUCAAAGACGCGGUUCCAAUUAAUAAGAAAGGUAUUGCUCCUCCUAAUCUCAAGAAUAUGAUGAACACUGGCAGUGUUGAGUUCUAUAAUCAUUCAGCACUAGUCUCUUAUGAUAAAGAAAGCGGCAUCGGCAGAAUCGGUCCGUUACCUUUACAACCACCUCGUUUUAUACCGAAUUUCAUUGUUCGCUCCUCGGAUGGGUCUCAGUUUCAUCAGUAAGAGUCAAGCUCUGGAAAGUUUGUAUUGAAUUACUACUGUUGGACAUUUAGACAAACAGAAGCAGGCAGCGGUAAAGAAGAAAAGAUGAAGAAAGAGUGAUCAUGGAUGGUAACAAUUGUAGGUAUUUGUUCUGUCAAUGAUGAAAUAAUUUAGUUACUGUGGCAUUUUUAUUAGAAGUCCAAAAAUAAAGGGAAUACAUUCAUGUUGUGUGGAGAAAAAGAUGAAAAAUGGAACAGUAAUUUCUUUUAAAAUAUUUUUACUUGCUAUUGUUUGUUCUUUUUCACAUAAAUGCAGGUUUCUACAUGUGACGGUAUAAA